GCAGCAGCUGAAGGACUGGAAAGGACUGGAGUGGAGAGACCUCUGGCAUGGGUAUGAUUGGAGUGCCAACGAGGAGCAGCGAAAGGAUGGGACAGUGGGAAUGGAUACAGGGUCAGACGUUGUAGUUCACAUGAUACUGGGCGUGGCCACAGGGUCAGAGGGUGUAACCAGAGGGUCAGAGAGGAGUCCUGGAUCUAGCAGUGAGUGUUAGUGGGGAGAGUUCUCUGGAGCUGGAUCCCGGUCUCCUGGAGGACUCAGUCCUCACUGAGCAACAGAAGCUACGCCAUGUGUUGGACUGGGCUAAGAGUUUCCUUGGGACAAGUCAGGAUGGGCACAAUCUCAGCAGACCAACGAGAGCUGCACCUACCUCCCCGUGUUUGUACUCUACUUCAGCUGCACCUCGAUUCGAGGUUAGUGGAAGAGCUGCUGUCUCGAUCCUUGGAACCUUUCACAAUCUUGUCAGAAGCAGAAGUGUGAGAGAAAAUAUGGUGGACAAAUCAGAGCCUCUGACUGGGCUUCCAUACACCACCCCACUGCCCUGCCACGCUCUCUCCCACACCCCAGGUGGUCGUGUGUUUUCUGGGCCUGAGUUUAGAGAGAGCCCUGGGCACAAGGAGCUGGUCCUGUCCUCUGGGCCAAAAGAGGAUACCAAUGACCAACCACGUUUCCUUGGUCUAGACAACCCUCAGGCAGAACAGACUAUCCACAAACCAAUAGCUCCUCAUCCUGUGGCGAGAGAUGGCGUUUCCAUCAGUGGGAGCCUAAGAGACAGAGACAGUACCGUUACAACUUGUUGCUCCUCAGUGGACACUAUCCAAUGGUUGCCUGGGUAUGGUCCUUUAUCCAGAUCCCGUGACCUCAUAUCAAGCGAUGGGGGUUGUGGAGAGAGAGAGGACAGAGUUUUGGGAAUGCAGGAACACGAAGAGGAGAAGGCGGUGGCGGAGGAGGAGGACCCAAAAACAGGCCUUGAGGGAACCAGUAGUAUCAUACCUUAUGGAUCCUCUAGAGUCGCACUCGAGGGUGAACGUCUAGAUUGGGGAGCCAACGGCCGGGUGUCAGAGGGCCUGAGUGUGUAUGAGGAGUAUCUGCUGUGUGUGUCCCGUUUGGAUCACCUCAGAACGGAGCAGAACCAAGCACCUGCGGACCUCAUGACCCUACCUGCUGACGUCAUGACCCUAUCUGCUGACGUCAUGACCCUACCCGUUGACGUCAUGACCCUACCUGCAGACAUCAUGACCCUACCUGCUGAUGUCAUGACCCUCCCUGCUGAUGUCAUGACCCUACCUGCGGAUGUCAUGACCCUACCUGCUGACCAAAGGGCUGACCCCUCUGAGCGACCCCUGAGUACUCCUGCUGAGCUGGUGGUUGCUAAGCAACAUGUCCAUCAGGACAUCCACAAUGAGGGGAGACGUGCACCAUUGAAGAGUUCAGAAGUGAAGAACGGCAGAGUGUUGCAGCCCAAGAGCAGCGGAGGUCAACCUGGUGUCAGGGGUCAGGCUCGUGUCAGAGGUUGCGGUCAUUCCUGGAGGUUCUGGGAAAGGUCAAGCCUCUCCUGGUCAUCCUUCACUCACGGAGAAGUGCUGCCACGGUCCCAGCUCCCCAGUAGACCCCACUCAACAGGUGUAGUGUCUAAAUGGACGUCCCCAACUGAACAUUCCUGCUCUGGACCCAGACCACCAACAGCACUUCAACUCCCUCUGGGCACUGCUGUGAAUACCAAUGCAACCAAUAUUCCUGUGACCAGGGCUCUCAAACUGGCACCUGUAGGGGGCUGUGUACAGUGGCUGUCUCUCCCUGAUGAAGUAUGGGUGUCCAUACUGUCACUCCUGCCACACAGAGAUCUGUCUACAGUGGCCCAGGUCUGCCUCCACCUAUUCCGACUGGCCAAUGACCACACACUAUGGCAGGUUGUUAGUGUGGAGAACAGCUCAUCUUUAACUGACCAAUGGCUGAGCAGUGUGGGCGGGCGUAAUCCUCGAAACCUAACUAUCUACAGGUGCAGCGGACUGUCAAUCACCCCGGGCGGGCUAGAGGAGUUUUUCAAACUAAGUCAAGCCUCUCUGGAGGAGCUGAGUGUGACAAGCUGCAGUGGGCCUGGUCUCCAUGGUGACCUGGUGCUGACUCUGAGUGCUCAACACUGUGAUCACAUGACAUGUGUGGACGUCAGCUGGAGCGGAGCGACUGACACAGGCAUCAAAGCACUGACUGACACCUGCCAUGGACUGAAGACUGUUGUUCUCAAUGGUUGCCAAGUUACAGAUGAAGCCUUGAAUGCCCUCUUCAUAAGAUGUAGAGACAGUCUGCGCAGGUUGGAGGUGUUUGGCUGCCUGUCUAUCAGUCCCUCCUGUCUGAACACAGUGUCAGAGUUGUGUCCUGGGCUGGAGACUCUGAACAUCGGCCAGAUCCCUAAGGUCACUCACCCUUGUCUGACCCUGGUGACGUCACGACUCAAACGCCUUCACUCCCUUAACCUGACUGGACUGCACGCAGUGAGUGAUCAGACAGUUCACCGGGUCCUCCUGCAGUGCCCUGACCUCCAGAGUCUGACCCUCAGCUCCUGCCCUGGAGUCACUGACAUGAGCCUGCACAAGAUCAGCACCCAUGCCCCCCGCAUCAGGUUGUUGGAUGUGAGUGGCUGCAGUAAGGUGAGUGAUGCUGGUGUUAAGGCUGUAGCUGUGGCCUGUCGACGCCUGCAGCACCUGGACCUGAGCUCCACCGCCACCGGGAACAGAGGGGUGAGCCUGUUGGCAAACUACUGCAGCACUCACCUUCACACUGUCAAACUGAGCUUCUGCCAGAUCAGCCCAGAGGCCAUCCACAACCUCAGCAGGCGGUGCAAACGGUUGAAACUACUGCAUCUCUACGGCUGUGCCUACAUCCCUACUGAGAAGGAGAUCAGAGACAUCAACCCCACUGUUAAACUCUACCCGCUGACUUGAUACACACACACAGACACAGACACACUUUUUUGUUGAAAUUGGUAACACAUCUGACAAACUCCUCCACAGUUACCACAGAGGCAUGACUCAAAUCAAAUUAAACACUUUGUAAAUACA